GAAACUCAGCAAAAGAAAGUUGGUUUAUUUCUCAGUCGCGAUGUGGACUAUCGCACCUUAUGUGCUGACUUAGCAAACCAAACUAGUGAGGAAGAAAAUCUCCCCACCGCCGAACUAAUGGCCGAAGAAAUUGCCCUUUGA